AUGAAAUCUAAGCAGCCAAAAUGGAAAAAGUUUCAUUGUCCGCCCUUAUCCGUCACUCGUAAGGAACAGAUCACGCACGAGGCCAAUCGUGCAUGUGAUGAGCUACUUUGCUUCUCUGCAGGUGAGGCCUUUAAAAAAAGUACUGAAAGCAGUGGCUUAAAUUUUAAUAGCGAUGAAGACGACGACACAUUUCAGGAAAGUCUUCAAUGGGAAUAUACGGAACAAAUAGGGAGUAUCCGUAUAGAAAAGGUCAAGAUCAAGUCUGGAGAUAAGAAAAGUGGAGCUGGAGUGUAUUAUUUUCGAGGAAUUACUCAACUAGAAGCAAGUAUAGAGGAGGUCAUGGAUCUCUAUGAUGUGGACAUGACCCGUCCUAAUAUACAACUAGAAAAAAAACUCUCUCCUGAUAUUCUUCACUCGGUGGUACUAUAUGAGAUCCAGCAAUAUCAACGAGAGGACAGCACAGUGUUCAUUGGUAUUCGCUGGUCAUCUGUGCGUUCUCCCUACGUCAUGGUUCGCAAUCGAGACUUUUGUUACCUGGAAAUUCAGCGUCGUUUUACUCUACCUGAUGGCUGUCGAGGCUUUGCUCGUUGUCUACAUUCGGUUAAGAUCAAGAGUUGUCCUGAUAUGGAAAAGUCACAUGGGUUCGUGCGAGGUAGCAUUUACCGUUCGGGUAUUGUGUUUCUUGAGAGCAAACGCGACCGCAAGACACUAGAUAUUGUGCAAGCUGUGUAUACAGAUCUCAAGGGCAAUGUGCCGCAAUGGGUAGCAACCAAGGGACUGAAACAACGAUUCAUGAGCUUGGAACAUUUAAAGAACUACGUUAACAUGAAGCGUGUGGCUAAUCAGACAUUUGCACGUCGAAGCCAAUUGAUAGCGCCGGGCAAGAUCAAGACAUGCUUUGUCUGUGUGGAUGAUAUCGGCACUUUUAAGCGAAGAUACAACUGCCAGAAGUGUGGCGAGGUCAUUUGUGGUCGAUGCAAGCUCACUAUUCACGCGGACAUUCCAGUGGUGGGCAAGAUGAAGCUCACAAUAUGCAGUCUGUGCUCGCAUGCCAUUAACCGCAGCGCACUGCCGGAUAACAACAGCGACGAAGGCGAAGUAGUAGGGCGCCGACCCUUUUCAACAACGCAUGACCCAACGUAUCAGCACCGCGACUCUAACGACGAAGCCCCUAAGCGCAGGCGCGCCCUUAGUCUGCACUCAUUCCACACGGCCAACUUUGAUCAAACAUCGUUGCAAAGUUCAAUUUUGGCUCGCGAUUUCAAGUGA